GAUGCGGCCCUCGACUCGGUGAUGGGCAGUCCGAAGAACUGGAUCUCGACGCAGAACAUGUUCUGCACAAAAGUCGAGAUCCCCCAGCCCAGCACCCCGAGCCCCACUCUGAUCAAGGUCAGGGACGAUCUCCUCAUGGAAGAACACACAGUGGUUUCUCCUCCGCCCCCCAAAUGGAAGGUAGAAGAGAACAAAGCCAUCCGAUCCCAAAUAGAAAUAAUUCCGUGCAAGGUGUGCGGCGACAAAAGCUCAGGAGUACACUACGGUGUCAUCACGUGCGAAGGCUGCAAAGGAUUCUUCAGGAGAUCCCAGAGCUCCGUGGUCAAUUAUCAGUGUCCACGCCAGAAGAACUGUGUGGUCGACCGGGUGAACAGAAACCGGUGUCAGUACUGCCGGCUACAGAAAUGUCUGUCGUUGGGCAUGAGUCGAGACGCGGUAAAAUUCGGCAGGAUGAGCAAGAAACAGCGUGAGAAGGUUGAGGACGAAGUGAGAUUCCACCGAGCUCAGAUGGGUCUGUCCAGCAAUCCGUCGACACCAACGCCCACGCCUAGCUCAGAUGUCGCCAUGCCCGAUUCCACCGUUGUGAUAUAUGAACCGUCGUCGACGUUCCCCCAGCCGCAACAGGUGAACUAUCAAUUCCAAGAUGACCUUUCUACCGACUUCUACAACGUUUCCGGCUACGACUCGAACAGUCUGUGCUCGACGAGCUUCGAUGUAGACUUCCCAAACAUUCGGAGCAUUGACCCUAACCAAUGCAGUGACGUUGAUACCUUGUGCUCUACGACGCCGGCUUCCAGCACGCAGACACAGCUUCCAGUACAGCCAGCUCAUCUCGAUCUUCUGUCGAAGACCAUUUGCGACGCCCACUUGCGAACCUGCCUGCUGAGUGACGAGGAGAUCAAGAUCAAAAUUCUGCAGGCGAAGUCGUCGGGUACCAACAGCAGCAAAUUGGAGUACUACAGAAACAUGUCGCAGGAACAGCUCUGGAUCGACUGCUCCCACAAGCUAACGCAAGUCAUCCAACAGGUGAUCGAGUUCGCGAAAAUGAUACCCGGCUUCAUGAAACUCUCCCAGGACGACCAGAUUGUCUUGCUAAAAGCCGCCUGCUUCGAGUUGUGUGUUCUGCGUAUGACUCGUUACUACGAUGCCGAAUCCAAUUGUGUUCUGUACGGAGACACUCUGGUGCCGGCUGACGUGUUCUUCACAUCGGACACGGCUGAAAUGAAGCUCGUAUCCGGUGUGUUCGACUUCGUUAGGUUUCUGGCCAACCUCAAGCUCGACGACACGCAGCUAGCGCUAUACUGUGCUUGCGUGCUCGUGUCACCGGAGCGUGGCGGUCUUAAAUGUAUAUCUGAAAUCGAACGAGUGUCGAACGCUCUUCUGAAAUGUCUCCGUUUUGAAAGCUCCCGCGAGCAACCGAUUAAAGGCGACGUGAACCUAAUCGAUCAUCUUCUCAACCAGCAAAGCAUACUUCGUAAUCUUUCUCGUUGUCAUCUCGACGCCCUUCGAAGCUUGAAAAUGGCCUACCCUGAUGUAGAUCUGCCUCCGCUACACAAAGAGCUCUUCUCAACAGAUUAG